GGGGCGCGCUAAGUGCACCGGGCGGCGAUGGCGGCGGACGGGGACUGGCAGGAUUUCUAUGAGUUUCAGGAGCCGGCCCGGAGCCUCCAGGACCAGGAGAAUUGUAACGCGAGCCCCGAGGCCGGGGCAGGGCCGGGCGGGGGAGGCGACGGCUUCCCAGCGCUGGCCUGCAGCUUGGAGGAGAAGCUGAGCCUGUGUUUUCGCCCCGCGGGUCCGGGAGCCGAGCCCCCGAGGGCGGCCGUGCGGCCCAUCACCGAGCGCAGUCUCCUGCAGGGGGACGAGAUUUGGAAUGCCCUGACAGAUAAUUAUGGAAACGUGAUGCCUGUGGCCUGGAAGUCAUCCCAUACUAGGACCUUGCAUUUGCUUACUCUGAACCUCUCAGAGAAAGGGGUCAGUGACAGUCUGCUCUUUGAUACAUCGGACGACGAGGAGCUGAGAGAACAGUUGGACAUGCAUUCGAUCAUCGUGUCCUGUGUUAGUGACGAGCCCCUCCUCACUGCGGAUCAGGUUAUUGAAGAAAUUGAAGAAAUGAUGCAGGAAUCACCAGACCCUGAAGAUGAUGAAACACCCACACAGUCAGAUCGGCUUUCAAUGCUUUCUCAGGAAAUUCAAACUCUUAAGAGGUCUAGUACAAGCAGUUAUGAAGAGAGAGUAAAAAGGCUCUCGGUGUCUGAAUUAAACGAACUGCUGGAAGAAAUCGAGACUGCCAUUAAGGACUAUUCCGAGGAGCUGGUGCAGCAACUGGCCCUGCGAGAUGAACUGGAGUUUGAAAAGGAAGUGAAAAACAGCUUUAUCUCUGUCCUCAUCGAAGUGCAGAACAAGCAGAAAGAGCACAAAGAGACUGCCAAAAAGAAGAAAAAACUCAAGAACGGCAGCUCUCAGAAUGGGAAGAACGAGAGAAGCCACAUGCCCGGCACACGCUUCAGCGUGGAAGGGAUCUCAAAUGUCAUUCAGAAUGGCCUCCGCCACACCUUUGGAAAUUCAGGUGGAGAGAAACAGUACUUGACAACAGUCAUUCCCUAUGAGAAAAAAAAUGGACCACCCUCUGUCGAAGAUCUUCAGAUAUUAACAAAAAUUCUUUGUGCCAUGAAAGAGGACAGUGAAAAAGUUCCAAGCUUGUUAACUGAUUAUAUACUGAAAGUUCUGUGUCCUACAUAGGGCCGUAUUGCUCUGUAGCAGUUUAUCUUCUGUGGCUGCAUAGAUUUCCGAUAGCAUUAUUCUGAAAGCUGGCUACCAUGACCUUCCUGCUACUGGACACUCAGCACACUUUUGAACUUGGAUUUGUGAUUCAGUAUUACUAGAUCAUGCCUUCGCUAAUUAUAUUAUGAACCAAGAGAAAUAUGGCACCAUUUUGAAUUGUUGAGAUGGUUUUUUGUUAACUACUAACGGUUAUGAACAUGCUCCGACUUUGUAAAGUAAGGGGGGAUAAUAGUAAUUGUGCAUGGGCCGUUAUAUUUUUCAUUAGCUGACAGAAUGCCCGUUUGAGUUUUUCUGGCUUUCUAGGACUAACUUGCACUGAAGAAGUAGACUAAAAGCACUGAGAGAUUUUUAACUAUUCUUCAUUGAUGGCGAGAACCACCGAUUGUUAUGAGAAUUGUCAGUAUAAAUAUUACCUACCAGUAUUGUCCAGAGACUGAAACUGAACAAACUUGGGUGUUCUUGGAGGAAGUGAAACCAGAAUACGCAUUAUUUUGGCUUUUAAUACUCUGGGCACAUUGACGCUGUUGAGGGUGCUGUGCAUUUCACCAUUCUUCCAGGUUUUUACGAUUAAGUUGCCAUCCACUUUCAGAAGCUUGUACUGUUUAACUUUAGAUGUUGCAACGUCUUGUUUUAUGUGUCUGUGAACAAGUGACCUUUAAAAGGAGCUGGCACCCUCUAAGGUGCUUUAGAAACUGUGCUGCAGCCCUGCCUGUGCCUGCCACUGUGAGAUGGCUCCAUCACGCCUGUGUGUUUGCUCGAAGUCCUAACUACCACAGCUACUCAUGGAUACAUCACGCGUCAGGAAACACUUCUGCCAGUUCCAGUCAAGUCAAUGCCAUUUAAUAAAUGUUGAAAAAAAAAGGUAA